AUCCUAAUCCUAAUCUUGACGAGAACUACCCUCUCCCAGCCAUCUAUACCGCACAACUCGCCCAGCGCGCAUGGCCGUGACCUGGCUGACGUCAUGCCCCCUUCAGAUCCAGAGCAACGGGCGGCGUACACCAUUCAGAUUUUAUCGUGGCUAUCGAACUCGACGAGAGCUUGGCGGCUGUGGUGUCGCCGCCUCAACUCGGUGGCUGAAUGUAAUGAUAGAAGUCCCCUUCCACACCUUCCGCUAUGUAGUCUCGACAGGCUGACUGAUGUAUAUCGUGGGCAUCAGGCCCUCAAGCCUCCUCGCCAAACCCGUGCCGACCCUGAUGCCGAUAUCGAAGAUGAAACCGACUCAGUCGACGGCAUCAGUCCAGCGCGCAAAAAUUGGCAACGAGCCGUCAGCAUUGCAUUGCAGGCUAGCAGAGAUGGAGGAUCAUCAAUCGAUCAGGAGGUUCAUGGCCAUCCAGAUGAUUCCAUAGACUCUCACACUCCCACGGGCCCCCUGACGACGAUGGGUCUCGAAUACUUUCUUGAAAUGGUUGAUUCAAAACAUCGCCAUGGUAGCAACCUACGCGCUUAUCACGCCGCUUGGAAGAACUCUCCCUCGAACGAGAACUUCUUCUACUGGCUGGACUACGGUGACGGCAAGGAGAUUGAGCUUCCACAAUGCACACGCGAACAACUCGAGAAAGAUCAAGUCCGCUAUCUCUCACCCGAGGAGAGAUUCAACUAUCUGGUCAAUAUCGAUGAAGCGGGUUUGUUGCGGUGGGCUAAAAAUAACGAACUGGUAGACACUGAUAACAAGCGCUUCAAGGAUAGCGUUCAUGGAGUAGUUCCGGUGGAUGAAAAUUUCCCUUGUUAUAGAGAUCACUCUGAUCGAAUUCCUUCCCCAGCAUCGGACCCGACAUCAUCCGGGUCACCAUCCCCCUCCAUCCUUCCCAGCAGGAAAGACAGCGAAGACCCAACUCCAUCCACCAGAGAUGACUAUGAGCUUAAUAAGACUGUCAACAACUUCUCGCGCAUUCGUCCUGCGGCCAUUUACGACCAUUUUGCCGGAAGUCUAUCCAUCAAGGAUGAAAUGUGGAUCUUUGUUGCGGACACAUCUUUCCGGAUCUACAUUGGAAUCAAGGAGCCGGGGGCCUUCCAGCAUAGUUCAUUCUUACGAGGAGGCAGAAUUUCGGCAGCUGGCCUGAUCAAAACGAAGAACGGACAAGUCCGGGGACUGGCACCGUUGAGUGGUCAUUAUCGCCCACACCUUGCCAACUUCCGUGCCUUUCACCACUCGCUCCAAGACCGGGGUGUUGAUUUGUCGCGAGUAUCCAUGACCAAGUCAUACGCGAUUCUAGCGGGCAUCGAAGGAUACACAACGGCCAAACGCAAGAUCAAAAACGUUCAUGAGAAAUUGGAUGAGGCCAAGCAAAAGCUCCAUUCCAUGCAUCUAAACACCGAUGAACGGAAGGGUGAUGAGAAUCCAUGA